AUGGCGAUCUGUACUUAUAACGCACGUACGCUUGCAUCGGAAGCGGCCAUCCAAGAUCUGAUGAUGCAAGCCAAGAAGAUCAAGUACGACGUCACCGGACUGACCGAGACGAGGCGACGUCACCCUCUCAACGCCGUAUAUGAAACUGGAGAAGAACUGUUCUUAGGAACAUGCGACAGUAGAGGUGUUGGUGGAGUUGGCGUCCUCGUCAACACGAGUAUGGCAAAGAACAUCGACUCUUUCGAACAACUUACGACCCGAAUCGGACGUCUGCGGAUGAAGAGAUGUGGUCCAACACCAGCUUUGACUAUCUUCGUCGCUUACGCUCCAACAUCAAGCUACGAAGAAGAAGAAGUCGAAGCUUUCUAUAUGGACCUGGAGAAGUUCUACCGAGAAGAUCAUGCCUUCUACAAGGUCAUAAUUGGCGAUUUCAACGCCAAAGAAGAUUUUCCUUUACAAGGAGAGCAGAGAAAGCCGCCAAUUCCAGAAAAAGAAAUCCCAGGACAUCAACUGGGAUCUUUUCGCUACGCUAGCCGGCUUUUGGGAAGAUUCCGCAGUCCGGAUCCGGACAACAUCGACAAGGAAUAUGACCGGCCUGUUGGACACCUUCGCGACUGCGUGAAGAAGGCUGAGAGUUUUAAGACCACCAAGAGACGCUUGUCUCUUGAAACUCUCGAGCUGAUACGCCAGCGUGGAGCAGCACGGGUAGCAGGGAACCAAGAACUCACGUCCGAGCUCGCAAAGCUUUGCAGAGAGGCGAUAAAGGAAGACCUUAAAGAGAGAAGAGCAGAAGUGCUGGCUGAAGCUGCAGAGGCGGGGAAAAGCAUCCGCUAUGCCCGUCGAGACUUCGCCAGUCGCAAGACGAGGAUGACGUGCUCUCCGGAACCCAAAGGGAACAGCCCAAAGGGAAUUGCAUCGAGAAGAGGGAUGGAGAAAAUCAUCUACGACUUCUACUCUGAUCUCUUCGACAGCCAUGUCCACUUGCCUCCUCAGCAUUUGAGGGAAGACGGACAAGUCAUUCCAGAGGUUCUCCCGUCCGAAAUACGAUAUGCUAUCAUGUCGGUAAGAAAUCGUACGGCACCCGGUCCCGACAGAAUAAGACCAGAACACCUGAAGAGCCUUCCGCCAGUACUCAUCAACACCCUGGCGAGGCUCUUUACACGUUAUCUGUCGGAAUGCAAGGUUCUUAAACAGUGGAAGACCAGCAAGACCAAGAUAAAGGAUUCAAAAGUCUUGGAUGAAGGACACCCAUGCGAGCAAGCAGGGUUUCGGAAAGGAUUCAGCACGAUUGACCACAUUCACACUGUUUCGAAACUCAUAGAGUUAUCACGAGAGUACAAGAUGCCGCUCUGUCUCACCUUCAUCGACUUGAAGAAGGAGGUUCGACUCAGUUGA